GAUAACAGUUCGAUAGCACGUAUGUUAAUGGUGUUUACAGUGAAUACCUUGACACAGGGUGAUCAAUGUACUUACUGAAAAAAAAACAAUAGAAACAUUAUUUUGUGUUAAGCGGAAAGAUAAUUUAAUAAUACUUAAGCGGGCAAUGGAAGAUGUAUGCCGGGUUUGCCUGGAACUCCACGAUGACAUGGUCAAUAUAUUUGAAGAGACGGAAGAAUUGGGGCCUUCCAUUCCGGAUAUGAUUGCCGAGUGGUCUGGUCAUAAAGUUGAGAAAGGCGACUCUCUUCCGGAAAACAUUUGUCCAUCAUGCCUAGAAGACGCAAAAAACGUAUUCGAAUUGCAGGAGGUAUCCGAGAUUGGCUACAAAUACUUAUGCCAAGUGAAAGAGGAAAGCAUCGAGGAGGAUUUACUAAACGAUGAAUUCGGCAUUAUAUCGAGCAGUGCGAGUGAAGGAUCAAGGUCGUUUCAAGAGUUUAAUUGCCAAGAGAAACUGGAUUCAAAUGAAGAAAACUUUCAUAACCAAAUUGGUUACCCGUUCGAGGAUAAGAUAACACUCAGUGAGACCGAUCAAUCCGAUUCCCACAUCAAAGACGAUAAAGAGAAUGAGUUAUUUGUCAGGGAAACUAAUAAAAUCGAUUCUCAUAUUUCAGAAGAAAAGGUCAGUUAUAUGUCAGUGGGUGAAAUUAAGCCCGAUUGUCAAAAUCAAGAAAUUAAAGACGUUGUGUCCAAUAUUAAGGAGGAUGAUGAUAAGGAUCAUUGUAGACCGAAAUCCUUUCUAUCGCAUGUUACUUCUACUCAAAAUGUUGAUCGACCUCACAAGUGUUCGAUCUGUAUGAAAUCUUUUGCACGAUAUUGUAGUUUUAAAAAUCACCUUACGACUCACGAGAACAAUCAAAAAAAUGAGUGCGACUCUACUUCAGAUUUUACAAUUAAAGCACCAACAUACAAAGGAAAGCGAUCCCUCAAAUCGGAAUUUAUUGGGAAUAAUGCUUUCCCUAAGGUAGAAGAGACCAUUCCGAUAAUGCCUCUUCUAGACCAAUAUAGCGCGGAUAAAGCAGUAUUUCAGUGUAGUUACUGCCUGAAGAAUUUUUUAUCUAGCAGUUCUUUAAGGAUGCACAUCCGUGUUCAUACUGGUGAACGGCCGUAUAAAUGUGACCAAUGUCCGAAUGCUUUUAAGCAACACAUCGACCUUAGGCGACACAUUUUGACUCACACAAAGGAAAAACCAGUAAAGUGCAAGUUUUGUGAAAAGUCUUUUACACAUCAUAGUUCACUUAAGUUCCACAUGCGUCAUCACCCGGAAAAAAAAAACCAAUGUCAUUUUUGUCAAAAAUUCUUUCUGCACUCCACUUCAUUAAAAAUACACUUACGUGUUCAUACUGGUGAACGGCCGUAUAAAUGCGAUCGAUGCCCCAAUGCUUUUAAGCAAAAUAUCGAUCUUAAGCGACACAUUAUGACACACACAAACGAGCUUCCAAUGAAAUGUACAAAUUGCGACUUAACCUUUCGACAUCAUAGUUCCUUAAAAUUCCACAUGCGAAAACAUGACGGAGAAAAAUUUAAAUGCCUUCUUUGCCCAAAAACUUUUAGGAGAUUUGUCGAUCUUAAGCACCACAGAUCGACUCACCUUAAAAAUCGAUCGGGAAAGAAAAAACCUAGGCGAACGUAUACAAUGUGAUCAUUGCUUAAGUUCUUUUACAGACCCUAAUAGUCUUAGGGGUCAUAUGCGUAUUCACACGGGAGAACGUCCUUAUAAAUGUACCCACUGUGAGAUGGCUUUUAUC